GGUCAGAAAUAAUCUUAAAUACAGUAGUGUGUUUGUGGGCAGAGAUUCCGUGCAUGAACGCUGGCACCUGUCAAGUGUCUGAACAGACACAAUGGGGGAGAACGAGGUUGAAAUAGUCGAGCAUCACGUCGAGGAGGAACCAGAAAGGAACGGGACUCGCACCCAUUCAUUCUUGGAGAGCCUUACGCCAUCAGACAGGGAGGGGAAUAGCAGCACGCAGUCCUCUCAUCGGCUUCUGGCAUACAGCGAUGCACUGAUUUCUAUCAUAGCAACUGUUAUGAUAUUACCCGUUGCACAUACGAAAAUUGAAGAUGAUGAGGAAUUGAAGGAGAGUUUGCAGAAUCUUCUUGCUACAAAGAUUGCUGUGUACCUGAUGACCUUUUUGAUAGUUACUGUUGCAUGGGCUGCCCACAUCCGGUUAUUCCAAGUAAUCGAGCGGAUUGAUGACUGCCUAGCUCUUCUCAACCUAGCAUGCAUGAUGCUAAUCACCUUCCUACCCUACACUUUUUCCUUGAUGGCAACUUUCCCAGAAAACAUCCUGGGAAUACUCCUCUUUUGUUCCUGCGUGAUAGUAAUUGGUUUGAUACAGGCUAUUAUUGUCACGUACGGGUUCAGCCGCCCCUUCCUGUUGAAUGAUCAGAUACAGACGUCUGAGAACCAGGGCUAUUAUAAAUGGCACAUCUUGAAGGUUAUCUUAAGGGUCCCAAUUCUGUGCUUUGUCGCUAUAAUCUUCUCUUUCUUCUUCUCCCCGAUGUCAUAUGUUCUAUUAGCCAUUGUUAUCUUCCUCCCAUAUAUCUCUCAGUCUGUGAAAUGGUGUUAUAGGAAAGCCAAAGGUCAGGUGGAAGAGUCACCUGACUCCAUGCUGUUUUACAGCUUCCACCCCAACGAGCCUCUCAGCAAAGAGCGGGUGGAAGCUUUCAGCGACGGGGUGUACGCCAUCGUCGCCACCCUCCUCAUUUUAGACAUAUGUGAAGACAAUGUUCCAGACCCCAGGGAGGUACAGGAGAAGUUUGGGGGCAGCCUGAUUGAGGCCCUGCAGGGCUUCGGUCCUGAGUUCCUGGCCUACUUCGGCUCCUUCGCCACAGUGGGCCUGCUGUGGUUCGUGCACCAUUCGCUCUUCCUGCACGUGACCAAGACGUCUCGGCUCAUGGGCCUGCUCAACACCUUCUCCCUGGCCUUCGUGGGCGGCCUGCCCCUGGCCUACCAGCUGACCCACGAGUUCCCGCGCAACUCCCGCAACGAGCUAGAGGCCAUCCAGAUCAGCUGCGUCAUCAUCUUCUUCGCCGGCAUCUUCCAGAUGGCCAUCUGGGUGGCGGCGCUGUUCGGCGAGCGGCGGGCGCUGCACCCCUACGUGCGCUACGCGGGGCGGGACCACGCCUUCAUGUUCGCCAAGCUGGCGCUCUACCCGAGCGUGGCGCUGGGCACCUUCCUGCUGACCUGCGCGCUGAGCCAGUUCAGCGCGCCCAUCUUCCACGUGAUGGAGGUGACGGUGCCCUUCGCCUUCCUGCUGCUGCGGCUCCUGGUGCGCGUGGGCCUGACGCUGCUACGGCUCGUCUUCAGCCCGGCCAAACAAUCCGCCAGCGACGUCCCGGAGUACGAGGACCCCCGCCUGCCUUUCACUGAGAUGGUGAACUAG